AGCUGAGCAUGUCCUCGCUGAGUCCUCGGAAUGAAAAGUAAGAUCUCAUUCUGUCGUCAAUUGCAAGUCAUCGUCGACGAUCACUGUCUGCAGAUUGAGGGGACAGGCGCUCGGACAAUACCGGUACUACUCAUGUCAUGUAAUCUCACUCAGUCAUUCCCAUGGGUAUGACAAACGAAGAAGUCAAUCAGAUCGUGGCCAGUGACCAGCACCACUCUUAUCAUCAGGUCGAUGCCUUGGCCAGCGAUAUGAAUCAGCUCCGCCGUGCUAACCAACUCGAACUGCCCAACCUCCGACAAGCGAUUCUCGCUCCUCAAGCUUUGGCUGCUCGAACCAUGGUUUGGCACCCUCUUAGCCCUUAUGCUCUUUGCAAGCUCGUCGGAAUUCAAGCAUUCUCAGGACCUUCGCGGGUAGGCUGGACAAUCUUAUCGUGUGAUACUGUGUGGCAGCCUGCUGUACCCGUCCCGUCAGGCCAUCUGACCGUUAGAUAUUUGAAUACAACAAGAUGUUGUGAGCCUGGAGUUCGCCAGGCGAGGCCGCUAGCCUUGGACAACGAUCGAGAACGAACUUCCAUUGUGGCAGCACCGACUUUGAAUACAGUACGGCAGACCAGAUGCGUGCCAAAAUGAAAUUUGGCUUCCAAGUGGGCGACAAGCAGUCUGAAGCAACUUGUUGGAGAUGCUGAAUGAGUAAUUCCAUGAUACCGAGCAGAGAAGACUUGAUCGGAGGUUGUGAUUGUGCAGAAGGGAGUAGCGCGAGACGUAGCAAAGGCCUGCAACUGGAUAGAACUCGGAAAGGGGAAUC